AUGUCUGCCCGUCAAGCUCCUACGCCACAUCCACCACAAACGCCUUCAACUGCGCGAAUCGCGACCGGUGAACGAUUGAAGAGCCUCCACAGGGGUGGAACCCCAUACCAAGCAGCGGAGCAGAACAAACCUCGCUCGUCUCCCUGGAGUAAGAAACCCUCUCGCUCCCCGAAAAGGACGAUCUUUCAUGUUGCCAACUCCGAACCAGCCUCUUACUGGCUCGGCCGCGUGUGCAGUCUAGCAGAUCGCUACCGUAACGAAGAGCUGCAAGCGCAUAUAUUCACACCCACCGGAGUUCCGAAUCCCAAACGCGAGACGGACAAGAUGCACACGCCUGAAGCCAACGUGGCGCGACUGCGCCGCGCAUUCGAAGAGUUGUAUAACCUCUGCAUCUCGCAAGAUGCUCGAGAUAGUCUUGCUGUUUUCCAGUUGCAAUACGCCAACGUAAUGGGGCUGGAAGGCUUGGCCAGGCCAAUCAGACUGAAUGCGCCGAAGAGGGAUCAGGACCGAGAUGUGAUCAUGGGUGGGAUGAGUGAGGAGCGAAAGGCGAGCUUCAUGGAUCGCUUGCUGGGGAGGCAGAAGAGGCGUAGCUUGAUCCUUUUCGACUGA